UACCUUAAUGGUGUGUUUUGAUAUGAUUGGCCUGGCCGUGGUCAUCGAUGGUCAUACCACAAAUCUCGAUAGCGCUUUGGUGAGAUAAUUAUCUUAUCAAAUUUGCCACCUUGCUGGCACACGUUGUUAGACCGAGUGUUGCAAUAGCUAUGAAUAUCACAACCACAAUCGGAGCUGAUGGUGAUGCUACAAAACAAUGUCCCUGUCUGUGAAGAUUUCGGCCAAGAUAGUAGCUCUGAUCGCCCUAGUUUCCCUAUUCAGUAUCUUUGCGGUGGUCAAUAGUGGAGCAAAUAAUCUUCACAUGUAUGAUGGAGUUCGCACGCAGGACAUCAUAGCUGGUGACGUGUUCUUUGAAAUCGUUGAUCCACCAGAGUUGGAAUACACCUACCGGAUAAGGCCGGCAAAAGAUUUCGGGUCGUCGUUCGAGUCGGCUUCGUUCAGAGUGCGGGAAGGCAAACUUGUUCCGGCAAUCCCUUCCGAUGCUUGUGAGGGACGUUUUUUAAACGAGAAGGACUUGAAGGGCAAUAUCGUUCUUGUAGAAAGAGGAGAAUGCUCAUUCCUGACAAAAGCAAUAAACGUCGAGAGCAUCGGCGGUCGUGCGGUUAUCAUCACCGAGAUCGAUUCCAGCUCGGAUGACUACGACUACUACAUUGAGAUGAUACACGACAAAACCAGCCGGGAAACCAAUAUUCCGGCUGCUUUCCUGCUGGGCAAAAACGGGUUGGUCAUCCGAAAAACGCUUACCAAGCUGAAUCGGCGAUACGCGUUAAUCAACUUGCCGGUGAACUUGACUUUUGUUGCGCCGCACGAGAUUAAUCAGCCACCGUGGUUGCAGUGGUGAACAGCUAGCAAGAUUUAUCGCCGAUUGUGUUAGAAUUGACUCAUGACUGUUCCACAAACCGGUGUGUGAAAGUGAUCAUCAGUUCCAGUGUGAUAUUUGCUUAACAUGCGCUGAAAAAAAAAAACAAUAAAUGGUAUUACUGACAAAAGAAGUAGAAGAGACUAAUUUUCUAGUCAAGCUGUGACAAAAAAAAAAUCGAGAAACGAUAAGCAACAACAUUUAAUUGCAAUAAACUUAUUAAAAACGCA